UCUCUUCUCCUCCUCCCCAAUGGCGCCGCCGAGCCGCCGCCUCUCCUCCUCCCCCAACCCGCGUCGCCGGCCCGGGCUGUCGUGCCGGCCGAGCCACCUCUUCUUCGCCCUCCUCGUCGCGCUCUUCACCGCCUCCCUGCUCGUCGUCUAGCAGCUGCUCCCCAUCGGCGACGGCGACGCGACGGCGGAUGGGGAGGACGCCCUGGCGCCACCCGCCGCCGGGGGAGGGGCGAUGCGGUUCUCCGCCUCGCGCAUGGUGCUGCGCGCGUACGACGGCCAGAGCCGGCUCGAGGCCGCGAGAUCCGCGCGCCGGUGGUGGCCCAGCCUCCAGCCCGUCAGACUGGCGCUCGUUGUGGGAACUAUGAACAUAGAUGCAGAGUCCCUCUUGCUCGCUACUUUAGCGAAAAGUCUUGUCGGGCUGGGUUACCAGGUCGAGGUUUUAGCAUUCUCUUAUGGGAAAGCUCAUGACAUUUGGAGAACUAUUUGUCGUGUAAAUAUCGUGAGAAUUGACAAGUUGAAGUCUGUCGAUUGGUUAAAUCUUAUGCAGGAACCUUUUCAAUUUCUACCAGUGGUUUGGCUUAUUCAUGAUGAUGCUCUUGGACAACACCUUAGAAAUUAUCCAGAGUUGCAUCUGUCCAUUCCAAAUCAUAUUGAAGAUUGGCGAGCUCAUUUUAAUGCAUGCACUUAUGUUGUGUUUCCAGAUAACCACCUCCCUUUGUUAUACUCUCCCCUUGAUACUGGGAAUUUCUUGGUCAUUUCUGGUUCCCCGGUUGAUAUCUGGGCUGCUAAAGGAUAUGGCACAUCACAUUCUCAAGAAACUUUAAGGAAGCAGCACGGGAUCAGAGAAGAAGAUGUUGUUUUGGUUGUUGGGAGCUACCUGUUUUUUGAUGAAUUACCAUGGGAUUAUGCAGCAGUCUUGCGUGCAUCAGCCCCCCACAUAUCAUGGAAAUAGCAAGGACUAAAAAAUUGCGAGUGCAGUUUAUCUUUUUCUGUGUAAAUGGCAGUGACGCCUAUAAUUCCGCUUUCCAGGUAUUAAUUAUAUUCACGUUUUAUCGUGUCUUGGGAGGAUUGCCCUGUAUUUUAGAAAAUAGCAAUAUCAUUUUAGAGGCUUGGACUGCAAAGUUCUAUUAAAUUGUGUGACCGAAGGUGC